GUUUCUAAUAUAGUAAGAUAUACUAUAGAUAGAUAUCAACAUUAAGUUCUUAAAUCUCAUUAUUGAAAAAAAGAAAUUUAAUUACAAAGACAGCCCCCUGAGUUUCAUUAAUCUGCACUGUUCCCCAAAAAACUGGCCAGCAACUAAUUACUAUAGCUGUUGACUUCACUGAGAUCUUCCGUCCUUCGGUGAGGACGAAAGAAUAGUGGGGAAGAACCGGAGAAAGGCUUUUACUUUGUCGUGCCGAUGAGCGGAGGCGGAGGAAGUGGAGGUAGGGAAGGGGAUUGGGAGUGCAGCGGCUGCCGGAAUCGCAAUUACGCGUUUAGGUGCUUUUGUAACCGAUGUAAGCAGCCCCGACUUCUGGUCGACAGUAAAACCCCCGUCGAUUCCAAAUGGCUUCCCCGCAUCGGCGAUUGGAUUUGCACCGGUAAUUCUCUUGGUUUGGAUUACCUCGUAAUUUUUUUGCUUGUUUUAAUUCAUGGUGAAUUCUUGGAUGCUUAAGGAAUUAGGAUUUCUUGUUAACGAUGGAAGAGUCGUUAUGAUCUUCCACGCAACCUCACUCGCUCUAUACCAAAACGUUAACCUUGAAUUGACUAUUUUAAUAAUGAAAACAAAGCUUAUUCCUGCCUGUUUCUUACCUGAACUUGGUCGGUUUUAGUCUGGAGCUUUGCUACAUCUGAGAAUACUUCUGUGGUAUUCAUGCCCGAUACUGUGUAGCUCAUAUGUAUCAGAGAAGCUUAAAUGGAAAACCUUUGAUUGUAUUUUUACUGGCCAAGUGUUAACUUUCGCUGGGGAUUGCAAUCAGAUAUUGGUAGAAGGUUUUUAAGUGUACACUAUUCUCAGUUGGGUAGACUUCAAUACAUUCUCUGUGCUUAUGGUUUUUUUGUACUAGUAUAUUCUAUUGGAAUUUGGCUACAAAUUUAGGGGCAAACUGUGGAAUUCGCUUAAUUAAUUGACUGCCAUUGAUCAUUGUGUUCAAUUUCGUCUUUGCCUUCUGGUGUAAACAGGCUUCAAUCAUAACGUGAUAAGUUUUUCUGUCUGAUUUAAUUUGGGUUCAUUUACUGUUGUAUAUAACUUCAUUGAUCAGUUGAAGUUGCCUGUUCAUUAUCUAGUUCUUCCCUCUUUCUGCCUUUUCAUCAGUUGAAGUUGCCUGCUCAUUGUCUAGUUCUUCCCACUUUCUGCCUUUCGAGGUGUUUGGCUUAAUUUUCAGUUAGGUUGAGUACUAAGUUUUCAUUUUCUUUAUGUGUCAUUUUGUAUGGAUGGCAUGUUGGCGUGUGUUUCUUGGGUUAUUUCAUCUUCGUGGCUGCAUUAUGGGUGCGUGUGUGUGGCAAUGGAUUGAUAGGUUGCACUAACAACAAUUAUGCAUCAAGAGAAAAGUGCAAAAAAUGUGGGCAACCAAAGGAGGUAGCAGCAAUGCCAGCUAUGGCCAUACCUGGAGCUUCUGUGCCAACUUAUCCAAAUUAUUUUGCCAGGGCACAGACAGGACUGGAGCAAAAGGUGAACUUGGGAUUAUUUGGGAGUGGAGGUAUUCAACAGUUGCUUCCUCUCAGCUCUAGCUGGUCAGGUGGGGCUGAUAUCUUUCUACCGCCACCUUCUGCUUGGCCUGUGGGUGGGACCAACACUUCUGGGGUAAUGAAUGCAAACAUAGCUAAUCAGCUAGUCACUGCUCCAAAAGGUUGGCGUAAUGGUGACUGGAUCUGCUCUUGUGGCUUCCACAACUAUUCUUCUCGUGCCCAGUGUAAGAAAUGCAAUGCUUCAAUGCCAGCAGCUGUACCUCCUUCCUUGGUCAGCACAACUUCAACAGCUCUUGGGACAAAGCGACUAGCUUCGGAAGAACUUGUCCAUGAACUGGACUACAAGAGACAAAAUGCUGGACAGACAUUAAGUCUGCAGCAAACAUUUUUAGGACAAGAAUCUGUUGUAGGUUCUGCUUCCAGUUUGCCUGGUCUCAGGUACUCAAACUUUCCAAGUGGAAGUUCAGCUCUGGCUUCAAACUUGCAAUUUAACCUGCAGAUGCCACCCCCUCCUCCUACACUUCUUGGAAAAGGGGCAAAACAAUGGCGUGAUGGGGAUUGGAUGUGCAGUAACUGUAACAACCACAAUUAUGCAUCCCGAUCUGAGUGUAAUAGGUGCAAGACGCAUAGAGAGGCAGUUGUUCAGCCCGUCAGUGUUGUGUAACUGAGAGAGUGGAGAAACCACUGGAGUUUUUCUCUGUUUGCGGAUUUCAUUUGCCUGAUUCUUUGGUUCAUGUAUGUAACUUGUUAGGUGUCUUCGGUGUACAAAACUGGGAUCCAUGGAUCUUGUAAUGAUAUAGUCAAAUGAUAAAAACAACAAGUGGUUGCAAGUAGAUUAGUGUUGGAUAUACUUUUAAUUAAUUAGCUGGGGGUUAGUUUGAGUUUAUUGAUCUCGCAGGAGGUCUGACAUUAGUACAGAAUGAGAUGAAAAUGUAGCUUUUCUGCAACCUUUUUUCAGAAUGCUUGCACUGUUUUUAAAUGGUCAUUAACUCAUUAUCUAUUCAACAUAUGAUAUAUAACUGGGAUGCGAAAGAGCGUUUUACAGAGAACUUUCCCCUCUUCCAUGUUUAGAAAAACAACAAUGUCUACAAAAACUGGUUGGGUUCUAAUGUAAACUAGUGUUCUCCUCAUGAACCUUUGAAAACUGAGGUGGGUUCUAAGGGAGGAGCAUCCAGCUGGUAAAGAUUGAGCGCAGGGCCAACAAAGCGAAACACAAUCCAGCCGCCAAUAAUGAUGAAGAUGGAAGCGUAAGCAAAUUUGUUGAGCCAGAACAGAAGACCUUUCUCUCCCAUGUACACCUCCACUGCCUUCUCUGUAAGUGUCAUGGAUUCCCAUUCCUUCUUUGGAGCGGCAGUCUUCAUUUUGAACUGCCCAUCAUCAUCAUCCCGUAGUUGCUUCCUUCUUUUCUUCGAACCCCUUUUGAACCGGAUUUCCACCGCGUCCGGCGGUGUGAUGGGCGGCGGAAUCGGUGCAGAUGUGCCUCCGUCGGUGUUGAUGGUUUCACCGUUGCCGGCAUCGCUGCUGCUUCGAAUUGGGGGCAGCACAAGAGAAUGAACAUGGUGGAGUUGGGAGGAAGAGAGGGAAACUGGAGCAGCAGGGAUUUUGUUGAAACCAGGUCUUGGCAGUGAUAACAUGGCUGAGUUCAUUGCUUCUUUUGGGGAUCCGCUGGGAUAGAUUUUCUUCUUAUCCUAUUUAUCCUUCAAUUUCCAUCAAAUAGUACUUUUGAAUAAAAAUCUUACAUAAACUCCUUUUUUUUUUCCCUUUUCUUUUUUUUAAAAAUAAGUUUGAUUAUUGAAUAAUUUCACAGAUAAAUUGCUUUUUUCCCC